AUGCCCGCCAGGAGAAGCAAGAACGACGACCCCGCGCCUGCCUCCCCACCUGCUUGGCUGAAGGAAAUCCUGCAACGAUGGGACGAUUAUUUCACGAGGAUCACUUGGGUGAGCAUUGACGAAAAGGAAUCAGAUUACGCGACCCAGGCUUUCGAUCGUGAAGCGAUCAAGGAGGUUAUUGAAGCUUUUGGAGACGAGGAACUACUACGUGAAUGGAACAACAAGAAGAUUGAUGUUCGACGAAAAUACGCCCGAAGAAAAGCAUGA